AUGGGCAAGACUGACAAAAAGCGCCAGCGCGAGGCUGAGGAGGUGCCGGCCGGGGCAGAUGAAGCCGCUGCUCCGACCCCCAAUCCGCCGUCCAAGAAAGCCCGGGUCGAGUCGAAUAGGCAACUUUUCGUUCGGUCGCUGCCACCGAAUGCCACUAGCGAGUCUCUGACCGAGUUCUUCUCGCAACAUUACCCCGUCAAGCACGCCACGGUCGUAGUUGACCCGAAGACCAAGUUCUCGCGAGGCUACGGCUUCGUCUCGUUCGCCGAUCCUGACGAUGCGGCCGAGGCGAAGGACAAGCUCAAGAAUGAGCUAUUCAGCGGGCGCCGGUUGAAGCUCGACAUUGCCCAGUCACGGCAUCGCAAUCCUACUAAAUCGGGUUCUGAGGCCUUGACCAAGGCGGCUGAAGUAAAGCGGAAGCGCCAGGCGGAUCUGGAAGAGGCGCGGAAGGCGCCCAAGCUCAUUAUUCGCAACUUGCCCUGGAGUAUCAAGACGUCGGACCAGCUAGCGAAAUUGUUCCAGAGCUUUGGCAAGGUUAAGUUCUCAGAUCUUCCAAACAACAAGGGGAAACUGUCUGGUUUCGGAUUCGUCACGCUUCGGGGGCGGAAGAACGCCGAGAAAGCAAUUGAAGCUAUCAAUGGCAAGGAGGUUGAUGGACGAACACUGGCAGUGGACUGGGCGGUGGACAAGCAGACCUGGGAGCAGCAGAAUGGCGAUGCGCAGGAGGACGAGGACAAAGCCAAGAGUUCCAAGGCGAAGAAGUCGAAAAAGGUGAAAAAGGAGGCGGAGGAGGAGGAAGAGGAUGAUCCGAAUAUGACCCAGGAAGACCGGGAUCUCGUGAAUUUUUUCAAGAACUACGGCGAUAACCUAGAGGACGAAGAGGAGGAUGAGGAUGAAAACGAAGAUAAGGGGAGUGGCGAGGAGGAAGGGAGCGAGGGAGAAGAGGAUGAGGACCUCGAUGACGAGAUUGGCGAGGAUGACGACGAGUUUGAAGAUAUCGACGAGGAGGACGAGGAGGAGGAUGAAAAGCCCAAAAAGCCCCUGACGAAUAACGACACAACUCUCUUCAUCCGCAACCUACCAUACUCGACAACCGACGAGACGCUCAAGGCGCACUUUGCAACAUUUGGCCCUGUGAGAUACGCCAGGGUUGUAAUGGACCGUGCUACGGACCGCCCGGCCGGCACAGGGUUCGUGUGCUUCUUCAAUGAGGAGGAUUUCAAGGCCUGUCUUAAGGGUGCACCCCGCCACCAACCCAUCGCUACGCUAGCCAAGCACUCAGUGUUGCAAGACGAGACAGCCGACCCAGAGGGCAAGUACACACUCGACGGCCGCAUUCUACAAGUUGCCCAUGCCGUCUCCAAGGACGAGGCGACCCGCCUCGCCGACGAAGGCGCAGGCAAGCGCAAGGAGAAGGACAAGCGGCGCCUCUUCCUACUCUCCGAGGGCUCUAUUUCACCCAACUCACCCCUCUUCAACCAAUUUACGCCCGCCGAGAUCAAAAUGCGCGAGGCCAGCGCCAAGCAGCGCAAGAAGAUGAUCGAGUCCAACCCCAGCCUGCACCUCAGCCUAACGCGUAUGGCGAUCCGCAACCUACCGCACAACCUCGACUCCAAGGGCCUCAAGGCCCUCGCGCGCGAGGCCGUCGUCGGGUUUGCCAAGGACGUCAAGGAGGGCCGCCGGCUGCCCAUAUCCAAGGAGGAGAACUCGCGCGGCGGCGACGAGGACCGCGAGGCGGAGCGCCGCCGGAAGGAGAAGGGCAAGGGCGUGGUGCGGCAGGCCAAGAUCGUGUUUGAGACGGCGCAGGGCUCCAAGAUCGACGAGAAGACGGGUGGCGGCAAGUCCAGGGGCUACGGUUUCAUCGAGUACUCGUCCCAUCGCUGGGCCCUCAUGGGCCUGCGCUACCUGAACGGACACCCCAUGAAGAACGAGGCCGGCAAGACGCAGCGGCUGAUUGUGGAGUUCGCUAUUGAGAAUGCGAACGUCGUACAGAGGAGGCGGCAGCAGGAGGAGAAGAGUCGACUGCCGAGGGAGGAGAGGAAUGCUGGCGCCAGUGCCAGUGCCGGUGGUGGUGGUGAUGGUGAUGGUGGUGGGAGGGAGAGGGGUGGUGAUUGGGGAAAGGGGAAGCCGUGGAAUAAAGGGCGGGACGGGAAAGAUGGGAAGUUCGGCAGGGGCGGAAAACCCGGGCGGGAAGGCAAGUUUGGGAGGGACGGGAAGUUUGAUAAGGUCGGGAAUAAGGGAGCGACGGCAAAGACCGAGGUACCACCUACCAAGGAGGGCAAGACGAAGGCGGACGAGAAGCUCGCCAUGAGGACAAAGAUCAUUGUACGGAAGCGGAUGAUGCGGAAGAAGAAGGCGACGAUGCGGAGCGGCAAGUAA